AUGAACUUCGCUCUCGAGGACACUCAGAACUCGAUGCCUGGCCAGCCCACCAUGUUGGAGCAACAGAAACUCGGCUCUGCCACUAGGAAAGCAGAUGCCCAGAGCGUCACAAAGAGGUUACAGUCAGAACUCAUGACGCUCAUGAUGUCUCCUACACCGGGCAUCUCGGCGUUUCCCGGCGCUGAUGGCAACAUGCUCAACUGGGUCGCCACCAUCAUUGGUCCCAAAGAUACUCCUUAUGCCGACCUCAACCUGAAAUUGUCCUUCGAGUUUCCCUCAAACUACCCGUAUAGCCCGCCAACGGUGCUCUUCAAGACUCCCAUCUACCAUCCCAACGUCGACUUCAGCGGCCGUAUCUGUCUGGAUAUCCUGAAGGACAAAUGGAGCGCAGUGUACAAUGUGGAGACCGUGCUGUUGAGUCUGCAGAGUCUGCUCGGCGAGCCCAACAAUGCCAGUCCGCUCAAUAACGAGGCUGCUCAGCUCCACCAGAAGGACUCGGCUGAGUAUCAGCGGAAGGUCCUGGCUCGUCACCGCGACAUUGAUGAGUGA